UAUGAGAGAGGAAUCAAGCAUCCAGAAAUACUGGUUCCAGUGAGUGUUCAUGCAGCAUUUGAUAAAGCAGCUCAUUAUUUUGGGUUGAAGAUUGUGCACAUACCAUUGACCAAGACUAUGGAAGUGGAUGUUCAGGCAAUGAGAAGGGCUAUUUCUAAGAACACUGCAAUGCUGGUCUGUUCGGCUCCCCAGUUCCCCCAUGGAGUUAUAGACCCAAUUGAGGAAGUGGCAAAGCUGGCACUGAAGUAUAGAAUCCCCUUCCAUGUGGAUGCCUGUCUGGGUGGCUUCCUCAUUGCUUUCAUGGAGAAGGCAGGAUUUCCGCUACAGUGUCCAUUUGACUUCCGUGUGGAAGGUGUGACUAGCAUUUCUGCAGAUACCCACAAGUAUGGCUAUGCACCAAAAGGCUCUUCAGUGAUAUUGUACAGUGACAAGAAGUACAGACACUAUCAGUUCUUUGUUGCACCUGAUUGGCAAGGGGGCAUCUAUGCCUCCCCCACCAUGGCUGGCUCCAGGCCUGGUGGCAUCAUCGCAGCUUGCUGGGCAACCAUGAUGUACAUGGGAGAAGACGGUUAUGUUGAGGCUACUAAGAAGAUCAUUAGUACAGCGCGGUUCAUUGAAUCAGAGUUGCGGAAAAUUGAUAACAUCCUAAUCUUUGGGAAACCUGAGGUGUCUGUCAUCUCUAUCGGAUCAGACAUGUUUGACAUCUAUCGGCUGUCCAAUUUGUUAAGCAUGAGAGGAUGGAACUUAAAUAUCCUGCAGUUCCCAUCAAGCAUUCAUCUCUGCAUUACGCUGUUGCACACACAAGCUGGGAUUGCAGAACAAUUCUUGACGGAUGUCCGAGACUGUGUCUCAGAGAUCAUGAAGGACCCUAAAGCCAAGACUACUGGCAUGGGUGCCAUCUAUGGAAUGGCGCAAUCCAUCCCAGACAGGAACAUGGUAGCAGAGAUUUCUCAUGCAUAUUUGGACUGCCUCUAUUGCACAGACAUCCCUUCUAGUGACAAACACAUGAAUGGUUCUCCUGGACACCCUUGAAUGUAGUAACUGGUACUUAACCAGACAGCUCUGGGGGUGGUGUUCCUGGAGAGAAGAGAUUACACUAAGCGACUGUCUUGAUCCUGCAAAUGCAGGUCUAGUGGCAGUUUUGUCUACAGAGCUUUCCUCCCCUCUCUUUCUUAUCCCUCUACUUCCUGAAAUCAACUUUUGAGUAAUUUCCACUGUCUUUGCCAUUCUCAAUUGUUGGUUUCGUUUUAAUUGUUCUAUUUUAUCACCUUAGCUGCUAAGACUAGUCCUAAAAGUCUUGGAUGGAAUGGCAUUUUUCUGGCAAUUGAGUGCCCGUUCCACAACCUCCUAACUCCUCAGGUAUUUUGCCUCUGUUUAUUCUGUACUAUUUCUUUUUCUGGGAGAAAAGCUGUGGAUCCUUUAUUUAGUGAAUGCUCCACUAGGAUCUGGAUUCUCUGUAGUUAUCUGAAACAGAGGCACUGUAGCAGCCUCAGAAUUUGGAGACAGAAGUGAACUGAACACAGUGUAGUAUUUAGAGACUCCAACUGUACUGCUAACUACUCUAGGAAACUGCAUUUAACAAGUUGUUUAAUGGGAUUAUACAAUGCUAACUCUGUACAUGAUUAUCUUUCUUUUAUUGAUUUACCAGUCCAGUCUUUGAAUUGUCUACAUGUGGAGAUCCAGUUAGGUACAGUUCUCAGUUUAUAGUUAGCGAUUUCUUUGGAUGGAAUUGUUAAUGUAAGCAAUUCUUCCUGGGCUUUGCAAAAAUUGCAAUAUAAAAACAAAAUGUGUUUUAAACCAAAUUGUUAGAAUAGGGGAAAAAGUCUGAAGGUACUCCUCAAGAACCUCUCUUAUACAGUCUCAUUGCUUUCCUGACUCUUUUUCUAUAACUUUUACAUUACCACCCAUAAUGCUAUUGUAUCUUGCACAACUCUGGAGGAGAGAGAACUGAUUAUUUCAUUGUAUGUAACUUAAAGAUUUUGCACUAUCCUAAAAUGCUGCAGUGAAGUCAGUUGAGCCCUGCUCUGUGUAAUGGCUGGGGAUUUAUGUGCAAACAUAUGGCACCAAAGUUAACUUUUUUUACACCAUCUUUAGUAUGAAGUGGUGACUUUUGUAAAAGAAAGAAAUGGUUUCUAUCUGCUCUUUGCACUGUCUCUUUUAAGGCACAUUUUCAAAGGGCAUUCACCAUUGUGCCUUGACCCCGCUCCAGCUUUUCCUUAGACUCUAGGAAGUGUCUGAUGGAUCAGCUACUGACUGUGAUGUUGCUAUGGUCAUUUCAUUAUGGUACUCUAUUGAAAAUAAGCACCGUGGCAAAUUGGACUCAGGUACAGUACACUCCACCCUCAAUGUAAUAGUCCUAUUGAGCCUAGUGUUUUCAUUGUUUAUAAAGGUGUUGAUACAGUGCUGAGGGUGAGGUGGUAUGAUGGCAUCUAAUUAAUAUUAAAGGUAAGGUUCUAUGGAGGAAGAAGAAAGGAAGGAGUCUCUUAAAAAUGAGUUCCACCGUGCCUACUUUUUUGGCAUAAUUUUGUCUGUUAUGCAUUGAGUAGGCUUGUAAAAUGGUUGCAGUCCCCUAAACAAACAAGAAAAGUUUUUGAUGCUAAUCAGUGCUGGGGUUACCCCUGCAGAGCUUUAUAAUUAGGGUGGAAUGCAUUUUCUACUACUCAUUCUUUUGAUCCGUUUCUGCAUACUACUAGAUCCUAGAUCAACCUCAGUACUAGAUUUGCUUGCAU